AUGGCGACCCCGGAAAGCUUCUGGGAAAGAACACUUCGCAGCGAUGGGUGGUUUUUUCAAAUGUAUCGGCGAAAGAAUUGGCCAACCCACCAUCUAGGACGAAAUACGUUACGGAAUUUUCGACAUCUAUGGGUGAACCGUCAACUACCGCGACCCGGCCGAGUCAGGCGCGAACCCCCUCUAUCAAGGCCCCCUAAAAGAGUGCCCGUUUUGAGAGCACGCGGAAAUCCCAAUCUCCAUGGGCCAGAGCCGAGGCGAGGCAAAGGACGAAAGAGUUUUCGAGAAGCAAGGAAGGUAUUUAACUCGGCCCGCACGUACUUCUCUGAAGCCUCCCCGCGCUUAGCGCUGGUCAAAGCCUUGGGAUAUGGUGGGAAUGGAGUUGUAAUCAAAUGCCACUAUAGGAGAGAUGAGUCCACCCCGGUUUUCACGUUGGUUAUGAAGUUGUCGCUGCAUGGCUGGGACGCGCCCGAGAUAUAUACAGAAGAGAAGAUCACAGAAAUUUUCAAUCGUGGCGCGCAUUUUAUCCAGGUUAUACCACGAGACAGGAUCAACUUUCCGCCCCUAGAGCCACACGUCAUACCAACCCGCCGUUGGGAGGAUACGAGUGAGUCGGAAAGUGACAGCGGAGACGAGUCUUAUGGCGACGAACCGACUCAGAAAGUCAAAAUCAAUGCGACCAAAACAAGAAGACAGAAGCGGGCUGCUAUGAAUCCAUUUGUGCUUGCGAGAAGACAUAAAGAAUGGGUUAAGCGAAAUAGCAGGUUGGAAGAUUUGGAAUAUGAUAGAGAAACGUACAGGGACGACCCAUAUGCGGAUCCCGCAUUACAGGUCAACCGUAAAGACUUUUUGCUACUGGAGUUCGUCGAGAACGGUGACCUCGAAACACUUCUUGCGAGGGUCAAUCAACAAGGAACGAUUAUUCCGAAUCGAGUGCUGUGGGGGUUUUGGCUUUGCCUAACCCAAGCCUGUCUAGGCAUGCAAUAUCCACCCCGUAAAUUUCACCCAGGCCGACAUGAAGACCACCCCAUCUUGAGACCCGAUGGAUUGCCUGACUACGAUAUGACAACAACGGGCAAGCGAGUAGGUGAUGACCUAUUCGAGCAAGAACCGGCCCCAAGACGGCGAUGGGCUGUCAAACGCAUUGUGCAUUUCGACAUUGACCCUAAAAAUAUUUUGGUGGGAGGUCUGGAUGCCGGCGCAAGAGAUAAUGAGCACCUACUCGUUCCAAGACUCAAGCUGGCGGAUUUCGGGCUCGCGGAUCCGGUGAAGCCAAAUAAAAGCAAUCAGUAUUAUAGAAAUUUAAGAAUGCGAAACAAAAUGGGUUAUUACGCACCCGAACAAUUCGGAGCCGACUGGGAUUAUGUGAAAAGGCCGGAUGACGGGUUAAUAAGGGAACAUGGCCCUGAGCUUUCCGAACAGCCGGUCGCUGGAAACUACGGCUCCCAUACAAACGUGUGGGGGAUAGCUCUAACCAUGUGGCAACUCAUCACAGGAUACGAAGUCCCAGUGUCCCUUCCUUUCCAACUGUCACGCGUGCCACAGACCCAGAUGCCAAAUCACUACUGCAUCGGCAUCCUCACAGAGCGCCAAUACGACAGAGUUGACCGCGAACUUAGAGAGACUGUCGCUAAAUGCCUCGCUCACGAACCAAGAUAUCGUCCUCAGCCGCGGACGCUUGUGCAGCAGGCAAAGAGGGGCAUCUCGAAACGGUUUCAGGGCGAGACAGAUGCUUAUAUACGUCAAUGGGUUCAGGAUGUUAUAUUCGACCCGCCUCCACCUCCGCCACGAAAUAUGCCUCAACAAGGCGGGGGCAUCGCUGCUGCUUCGGCACCCCCUGGAGAACAAGCCCAAGAUGAUGCUGCUUCUACUGUCCGGGGAGGUAGCGUACCUUAA